UCCCACCACAAUGAGACAAAUCCACACUUUCUCCCCCGUCAACGCGAUCCCAUCAUCGAGUUUCCCUCACGCACGCCACCACCUCGCUCCAGGCCACCGUCACGCCACCGUGGCCAUACUCAGGAUGUGGCGGAAACGCCGCCUCAUGGCCACCCUACACAACCACCUACACCUCGUGCCCCCCCUACGCAAGUUGCUCCACCGCCUCAUGGCCACCCUACACAGCACCCUCCACCUCAUGUCCCCCCUACGCACGGUGCUCCACCGCCUCAUGGCCACCCUCCACCAUCUCUUGGCGGAACAUCGCCCGACCAUCCGGCCCAUGUUAAGACCAUGGCACCCUUUGUCGCUGAGUUACCGCACCAAGAAUCCAGACCCCAUUCCGAUUCUCAUACGCGUCCUCAGCACGGAAGAGGCGGCCGCCACCCUGGUUUCAUCCACCCCCCAACAUCCCAACGGACCAGGCCGUUAACCUGGCUGGUGGCAGCAUUCUGUAUGCUCUUCUGGAUAUUGGUGAUUGUGGGAGGCCUGAUCGUCCUCAUAGUGUACUUGGUGUUCCGGCCGCGCAGCCCUUGGUUUGACAUCUCAACUGCCACCAUCAACGCGGCAUACCUAGACAUGGGCUACCUGCUGAAUGCGGACGUGACGGUGCUGGCCAACUUCAGCAAUCCCAACAGCAAGGUGAAGGUGGAUUUCAGCUACGUGAUCUUGGAUCUAUAUUAUGACAACAACUACCUUACCACGAGUUACAUCAAGCCGUUUGCGGUGAUGAGGGGCGAGUCGAGGUUUGCCGACGUGCACAUGGUGGGUAGCCAGGUGAAGCUGUCGAGUAAGCAUAGCAUGCAGCUGCAGAAACAGAUAGAAGAAGGAAGAGUGAACCUUGAGAUUAAAGGAUUGUUUAGAGCUAGGUCUAAAUUAGGAGGCAUUUUCCACUACUCCUAUUGGAUGUAUGCGCAUUGCCAACUCGUCGUCACCGGCCCUCCCACCGGAGUUUUGCUCACAAAAAAGUGCGUUACUAAGAGGUGA